CAAGCUGGGUGAAUCUCAUUUUUACAGUCUCUACUGUAGGUAGGAUUGAGCGUUCACUUGUUGGGCAUCAUUUGUGUAUAGUGAAAAGCUAUAGCUCCAAGAACAUUCUUAUAUUACUUAUAAGACUAUCAAUAUAUUUCUUAAUUCUUUGGUAAUUUAUCUUGAUUUGCAUAAUCGUUGACAGUUGGAGAAACAUGUACUCUUAUAAAAUUGAUUCAGCUUACACAAUCGAAGAAGCUCUUCAAAUGGCAGGUCAUGGGAAAUUCCAGAGAAAAGUGAUGUUUGUCGGAGGCUUGAUUGCUAUGGCAUCAUUCAUCAGUGUGGGGACAGUUAGCUUCAUAAUGACUGCUGCUCAAUGUGACCUGCAAAUGGAUUCCAUACAGAAGGGCACUCUCAUUUCAGGCGGAUUUAUAGGAAUGAUAUUAAGUAGUCACAUGUGGGGAUUUCUCUCAGACACUAGAGGACGCAGAUUCAUACUUUUGAGGUGUUUAAUAAUGGAUGGAGCUAUGUACGUCCUGUCGAGUUUCAUGCCAACUUACAAUUCACUUCUCAUCAUGCGCUUUUUACAUGGUUUUGUGAUCUGCGGUAGCAUUGUGCCAUGUUAUCCAUACAUUGGAGAGUUCCACACAAAUAAGAACAGGAGUAGAGCAUUACUGAUUGUCUCACUAAUCGGUUGUUUGGCCAAUUUCUACCAACCAGGUCUUUCAAUUCUGGUGAAUGUAACAUCAUGGCGAAUCGAUUUGCUACCAUCAUUUGUUUACAAGCCAUGGCGACUUUAUUAUGCACUGUCAGGAGUUCCAAGCCUUACAGCAGCAGCUUUGUUAAUCACACUACCAGAGAGCCCUAUGUUUUUAUUGGCUAAUAAUGACGAGAAAGGUUCCAUUAUGAUUUUGAAAGACAUCUAUAGGAUAAACUCAGGUGGAACAGAAGAUACACUACCAUUUUUGGUGAAACAUCUUAUAAUAGAGGAGGACACAGUUGUAACAAAGAUCAGCGAUUCCAACAUGAACAAGACAUCCAUGUUUUUCCAUUCAAUUUGGGAACAGACCGUACCUUUAUUGAGAAAGCCCUACAGAUUGAAGAUUGCUCUCAUCACCGCUCUUCAAUUCCUUUUAUUUCUCUCCAACAACUGCAUAUUUCUGUGGGUGCCUGAAACUGUCAACCGCAUUGGUAUCUAUCAUCGUGACAGGGAUGCUGAAUCUAUGACAUUUUGUGAAGUUGUUCAAGAUUUCAAUAAGAGAAACACGUCAAGGAUUGACAAUGAUAUUGAAAUUCUCCAAAAUGAUUCAACUACUUCUACAUCUCCAGCUUAUAGUGUCUCUCAACAAAUGUGCUCAGAAAAAAUAAAUCCUGCAGUUUAUUGGACAGUCUCUAUAUCAGGAGGUAUGAUAAUGAUUUGUUUGGUGAUGAUACAUUUCGCAGCAAGAGUGGUUGGCAAGAAGCUGAUAAUAGGAAUAGCGAUCUCAUGUGCAUUGGCUUCCAUAACACUAUUGAUUUUCGCUGAAAAUCCUUAUUUGAUAAUAGCCGAAAUGUGUUUCUUCAUGAUGGUAUCUGCUGCUGCAACUCAAGUGGUUCUUUAUACAGUUGUUGAUCUAUUUCCAACAAAAAUAAGGAGUAUGGCAGUCUGUCUGGCAAUCAUGUGCUGUAGAUUUGGAUCAAUAAGUUCAAAUUUGAUUUCGGGAGCUUUGAUCGAUAACUAUUGUUCUUUAAUCCUGGUGAUGAUGCUUGUAUGCUUAUCAGUAUGUUUGAUGAUAACCUUUUUCCUACCUUUAUCGGAAGAUACCAGUCGACCAAUUCAAGGAAGGAAAUCGGAAACUAUCUUCAAUCUUGAUCAGAAACUACAUAUGUGACUCGUCGCGUCGAUUCCAGUUACAAAAAUAUCAUGAAGAAUUUUGAAGAAACAAAAAAAUGUAAUGUAAUCAAUCUGAAUGAGAGUAGUCUAGUUACACACAUACAUCGAAUUUUUGCCGUACUUAUAAAUUCUAUCAGAUUAGACAGAUAAUGUCAAACAUAUUAUGUUCAUUUCGUCAAGUUCGGUUCAAUCUAAUAGAAUUUAUAAUAACAACAAUAAAUCGUACGUCCAAAAAUCAAUGUACGGUAUCAUCCAUCGAUGUCAAGAAGACAACUGCUUCUCAACUCCUGGAUAUCCUAAAACAGCUUCCUUGUGAUCGUGUAAUAUGCCUACUACCCUAUCAAAAUACAUCGUGAUAUCGUCUUUGUAUCAAUGAUAUUAUAAAACUUAAGUAUAAAUUUACUGAUAUGAACUUAAUUUGAUUGUAGCCGCCCCCAGAUGAGACUAGAAUUAAGAGAUCUCUUAAUUAUAAAGGGCGAGUCAUGGGACUUUAUCAAUAACAAACUUUUGCUUUUUAUUUAACCUCUGAAUUUUAUUGAAACUAAUCAAUCUCAUUUGAAUUUGGAAACAAAUAAUCGGUAUCGUUUCAUUGCAUAUUCAAUUAAACGUCCUGUGAGAUUCUGCUAACUGUAAGUCUAGAAUAUUCUAACUUCUUACAAAGGUAGCGUGAUCUUCAUACAAUUUACUACUACAAAAAAGAAUUGGGGGCUCGGUCAAUUUGGGUUUCUAAAACAUGAGCUAGGCAAAUAUAUGAUGGCACUCGCUAUCUUCAGAACUAUCUCAUCACGACUGAAACUUUGCACUAUACACUAAGUUGUUGAUAUUCAUUCAUUUCACUGACAUUCAUAAUAAACAAUAAAAUAAAUUCACAAUUC